AUGGCUGUUGACCCGUCUCAUGUCAACCCUCUCGACUGUGAAGAGGUCUCUGAACAAUGUCCCGUCGAGGCCUCGAUCUAUGGCUACUAUCCGAUCCUUGAGUGGAACACUUUCUUCGUCGCCCUUUUCGGGGUGUGCUUCAUUGUCCAUGUCGUCCUCGGCUGGCGAUUUCGCACUUGGACGUACAUGCUAGCCAUGACUUUAGCCUGUUUAGCCGCUUGCAUAGGCUACAUUGGACGAUGCCUGAUGCACAACAAUCCCUUCAACAUCACCGGCUUCCAGAUCCAGAUCUGCUGCUUGACCCUGUCACCCGCUCUGAAUUCCGCCGCAAUCUAUCUGAUCCUAAAGCAUAUCGUCUUACAAUUUGGUCGGGAAUGGUCAAGGAUCCGACCUAAAUACUACACGUGGGCAUUCAUUACGGCCGACCUCUUCGCGCUCGUCCUUCAAGCUGCCGGUGGUGCUAUCGCCGCUACUGCUGGCGAUGACGAUAACUUCCGAGAUGUUGGUGACAGGCUCAUGAUCACGGGUAUUUCCUGGCAAGUCUUGACGCUCCUCAUCUUCGAAGUUGCUACAACAGAUUAUAUUAUUCGACGACUAAGAUCGCCUAAGCCGCUUUCAACACAGGCAUUCUCUUUAUUACACAACACGAAAUUCCGAAUCUUCAUUGGUGCUUUCACAACUGCCUACAUUUCCAUUUUCAUUCGGUGCGUUUACCGAAUUGCCGAGAUGGCAAAUGGCUGGCGGAAUCCCAUCAUGCAGAAUCAACCACUGUUCAUUGGAAUCGAAAGCUGCUUGGUUGCACUCGCGACCGUUCUCCAGACCUUGGCCCACCCUGGAUACUUCUUCCCAGCCCUUGCGGAUUACAGAAAGACCAAGCGAGCGAACAGAGUACAAGAAGAGAUGGCCCGUGAUGAGAGCGUUGAGCAGAAAGCCGUUGUUGUCUAG